UCCCUAACUCCCAUCAUCUUAUCUGUGUCUCCUCCCUCCCCUAUAUAACCACCCUCCGCCUUGCUCACCUCAAGCACCCACACCUCUCACUCUUUCUCAUUUACUCAGCUUCCUCCUCCUCCGCCGCCGUCGUCUCCGACAUGACCACUCACAUUGACAACCUCUGGUUCUUCCUCUUACCCUCCAAAUGCACCCGCGAUAACCUCCCCUGCACCCUCUUCCUCCUCCUCCUUCUCUUCCUCGUCGUCUCCCUCUUCCACUGGUCUCACCCCGGCGGUCCUGCCUGGGGCAAGUACUACUCCUGGAUCCGAAAGACCAGCCCCGCGAUUCCUGGUCCCAGAGGCUUCCCUCUCCUUGGCAGCAUCACCCUCAUGUCCUCUUCAAUCGCCCACCGCCGCAUCGCUGCCGCUGCCUUCGCAUGCAAAGCCAGGCGCCUCAUGGCUUAUAGCCUCGGCGACACCCGGGUCAUCGUGUCGUGCCACCCCAACGUCGCCAAAGAGAUCCUCAACAGCUCCGUCUUCGCUGAUCGACCCAUCAAGGAAUCCGCUUACAGCUUGAUGUUCAAUAGAGCAAUUGGGUUUGCUCCUUACGGAGUCUACUGGCGUACCCUGAGGAGAAUCGCCACGAAUCAUCUCUUCUCUCCCAAGCAGAUAAAAGCGUCCGAGUCUUGCAGGUCAGAAAUCGCUGCUCAAAUGGUGGGGGUGUUUGGAAACGAGGCUAAUUAUAAAGGCUUUCCGGUUCGGCAUGUUCUGAAGAAGGCGUCUCUGAGCCACAUGAUGAGCUCCGUGUUUGGGAAGUGUUAUAGAGUGGACGAGUCAAACUGGGAAAUGGAGGAACUAAGCGGCUUAGUGGAAGAAGGCUACGAGUUGUUGGGCACCCUUAACUGGGGGGACCAUCUCCCUUGGCUUUCGGAUUUGGAUGCUCAGCGAAUACGGUUCAGGUGCUCCACGCUGGUCCCCAAAGUGAACCGGUUCGUUGGUAAAAUCUUAGCCGACCAUCGAGCCGAAAAGGACCGAACCAACCGGGAUUUUGUUGACGUCUUGCUCUCCCUCCACGGACCCGAUCAACUAUCCGACUCCGACAUGAUCGCCGUACUCUGGGAAAUGAUAUUCAGGGGCACUGACACGGUGGCGAUUCUGAUUGAGUGGAUAUUAGCAAGGAUGGUGCUUCAUCCCGACGUGCAGUCAAAGGUUCAAGCGGAGCUUGAUCAAGUGGUGGGGAAGUCACGCGCCGUCACCAAGGCUGACGUGGAGACCAUGGUCUACUUGCCGGCGGUGGUGAAGGAGGUGUUGAGGCUGCACCCGCCCGGCCCACUGCUCUCGUGGGCUCGCUUAGCCAUCAACGAUACGACCAUUGAUGGGUAUCAUGUGCCCAGGGGGACCACGGCCAUGGUGAACAUGUGGGCCAUAGCACGGGACCCAGAUGUGUGGAUGGACCCGCUGAAAUUUAUGCCGGAGAGGUUCGUUUCCGGCGAAGAGGAGGGAGAGUUCUCAAUAUUCGGUUCGGAUCUCAGGCUGGCACCAUUCGGGUCAGGCAGAAGAAUGUGCCCGGGAAAGUCUUUGGGCUUCGCCACAGUGACCUUCUGGGUGGCUUCGCUUUUGCAUGAGUUUCAAUGGCUGCCGUCAGAAGAGGCUGAGGUGGAUUUAUCAGAAGUGCUGAGGCUAUCAAGUGAAAUGGCCAAUCCUCUCAUGGUCAAAGUGUGCCCUAGGCGUGGUGGGUCAGGCUAAGCCAUCCUUAAAAUUAAAACAUCAUCCGAGCUAAGGGCAGAAAGGAAGAAAAAUUAAUAAAAAAAAAAAGGGAAGGAGAAUUAUAAGAGCGUAACGUGGCAGAAAAAUAUGAUUAAGAAAUUACAGAUUGAAAUAAUUACGAAUGAGCAUAUUAUAAAUAUGGAUACGACGGAAAGGCGUAUCUAAUAUAAUUAUAUGUUUAUUCGUAAUUAGUUGAAUCUAUGCAUGUUUGAGGUGGUUGGUGAGAGGCGAAGGAGGCAACAACUGAUACGAUGAAGGAGUGAGGAAGGCGAGAUGGUUGGAUCAGUAUUUGUGUAGUGAUGGGUCUUCAACUUUAAUUUUCUCUUGCUGUGUUGUUUUUUUUCCUUUCUGUUUUUGGAGUGUAAUUUGACGGUAGUCGAGUAUGAUCAAGUAGUGUCUCAAGUUGUAUGUGUUAUUAUUAGAAGAGGAUUAAUCUCUUGUCACUGUAUAUACUGCUAAGUUAAUACAAGUCUUUUAAUUAGUUUAUGUA